AUGCUUGACCAGAAAAUGCCUGUCAAUGGUAUUGGCUAUGAAAUGGCCGCCGGAUCUCCUCUGCGGGCGAAGCAAACAACUGGUCGUAAAUCAUAUAAAAUACAGACCAAUAAAACACAGCCAUUAAUGUGGCGGCCAUUGAGGCCAUCGAUGUCUGGAUGCGCUUUGGAUAAAACCUCGAGAGAGAAAUGCUAUGACGUGUCCACCAAUUCAUACGUUUGUCCCAUCAAUGAGUGCCACAAGAGUCUGGAAACUGAUAACCAAUUCAGGCAUCACUUGCUGUCGGUUCACAGCGGAAGACGUUUCAAAUGCUAUCACUUUGGAUGCGAUAAAGACUAUAAGACAAAGUUUGCGUUAAUGACUCAUCAGUUCACACACAGGAGUGACAAACAAUUCAAAUGCCAUUACAAUGGCUGCCAAUACGAGACCAAAUGCGCCGCAUAUCUGUCGGGACACAUGAAGACACACUCGACGGACAGGGAGUACAGGUGUGCGGCCGACGGGUGCGGAAAGGUUUACAAGUCGUGGUCGGGUCUGGACGAGCACUCGCGCUGCCAUCGCGCGGAUCCCUCCUUCCGGUGCCGUCUCGACGGCUGCGAAGAGAUGUUUUUCUCGAAGUUCUUUCGCCGCAAACAUCAGGAGUCGGUUCACAACCGGUUGACGUCUAUUGAACGCAAGUAUCGCUUCACUCGGCGGACACUCGCGACCGGCGGCUCUGUUAUCGUUCAAAUGGGUUCCCAAUCGCCGAUACAGUCAUCUUCAGCUCUACCUCCGGACACCGAUUCAAGCGCUGGUCAAUUGUCGUCUUCGGUCGCACUCGACGGUCAACUACUUUGGCAAACGAUUUCUGAUUUAGAUGAUAAUCGUAUGGUUGGAAGCGAUAUCCCGCCGAAGAGUCAAACCGUUGCUAAACAAGAGAAAAGAAAACGAGAGACCAAAACGCCGAAGAAAACAGUGGUUAACAACAACACCGAUAACGCCAUCGGAGGUGAAAGUAAUGAAGUCUCAGAUAAUGAAAGUCUACUUAAAGAACCAAAGAAGAAGCGCCGGAGCCCUAAGAAACGAGAACCGGUGACAAAGGAUCCGAAGCAGACAAUGGCUCAGUUCUUGGGCGCCCAUAAGACAGAGCGGGAGAAAUAUUUUGAUUUAACCAUCUAUUCAUUCCGGUGUCCGAUCGGCGAAUGCCAUAAGAUUAUCGAUACGGACAACAAGUUUCGGUUGCAUUUGUACUCAUUUCAUGGCGAGCGGCGGUUCGCGUGCGACCACAACGGGUGCCACAAAAUCUAUAAAACUAAAUACGCGCUCGAAGUGCACUCAACCGGACACUCGGGCGACAAGCCAUACAAAUGCCAACACCAGGACUGCCGAUACGAAGCCAAGAAUAAUCUCUACCUCUUGCGACACAUGAAGACACACGAGACGAGCCGUGAGUACAAGUGUUCGUUCGUCGGCUGCGACAAGACAUACAAGUCCUAUGAGGGACUGGAAGAGCACUCGCGGUCGCACCGGUCGGAGCCCACCUACCGGUGCGGUGUCGACGGUUGCGAACAAAUGUUUUUCUCCAAAUUUUUUCGCCGCAAACACCAGACCGAUGCCCACAAUCGGGCGCCGUUUGUGCCGCACAAAACACGCUGCGAAUGGCCCGGUUCCGUUUGUGUGCGAGUGGCCCGACUGUGGCCGCAGGUUUCGUCGCACAAAACACGCUGCGAAUGGCCCGGUUGUGAGUGGGAAGGGAAACACAUUACGGCCCACAAACUGCAACACACGGGUGAGAAGCCGUUUGUGUGCGAGUGGCCCGACUGUGGCCGCAGGUUUCGCAUGCAGAAGCUGUUGAAAGAGCAUCAGAAUGUGCACAACAAUCUCAAACCCUAUGCCUGUCAUUGGCCCGGCUGUCAGUACAGAGCGGCCAACAGCGCCAAUGUUAACAAACAUAUGAAACAAUCGCAUAAUAGAAAUAGCUUCUCAUGA